UGGCGAUCGCGAGACUGCUUAUAUAUAAAGUCGCGCGAGCUCUUCUUUUCUAGUUCGAGUUUCAUUUCAGUGCUCCUCUGUUAAAUAUUCCUGAUACCGGGAGACCACUUCUUCUAAAGUGUUUGUUUCUAUACUGUCCAAACGCGAUAUCUUAGCAUGGCCAAGGACAAUUUGACAGCUAUCCUUUACGGUAUCAACGAUAUUAGACUGGAACAAACUCCGAUCGAGGAACCAAACCAGGAUGAGGUGCUCAUUCAAAUGGGCUGCGUUGGAAUUUGCGGAUCCGACGUUCAUUAUUUGGUGAACGGAAGAAUCGGUGAUUUUGUAGUGCACAAACCUAUGAUAAUGGGCCAUGAGUCUUCCGGAGUGGUCGUCAAACUUGGAAAAAAUGUGAAAAAUUUGAAGGUUGGCGAUAGAGUGGCCAUCGAACCUGGAGUAUCCUGUAGAUAUUGUAAGUUUUGUAAGGAAGGACGUUACAACUUGUGCAAAGAAAUGGUAUUUUGCGCUACUCCUCCAGUGCAUGGUAGCCUGAGACGUUUCUACAAACAUGCCGCUGAUUUUUGCUUCAAAUUACCGGAUCACGUGUCACUGGCUGAAGGAGCACUGUUGGAACCGUUGUCGGUCGGUGUUCAUGCUUGCAAACGUGCGAACAUUGGCAUCGGUUCAAAAGUUUUAAUUUUGGGAGCCGGACCUAUCGGUUUGGUAUCGUUAUUAGUAGCAAAAGCUAUGGGAGCUAGUAAAAUUGUUAUCACCGAUCUGAUGCAAAGUAGAUUAGAUCUUGCGAAACAACUCGGUGCUAACGAAACGUUAUUGAUAAAAAAAGAUGAUGUGGAGGAAAAGACUGUACAAAAAAUUAUUGAACUUUUUGGAGAAGAACCGGACAAGACAAUUGAUGCUUGUGGAGCUGAGUCUUCGAUACGCUUAGCAAUUUUCGCGACUAAAUCCGGCGGAGUGGCUGUUUUAGUAGGAAUGGGCCCACCAGAAGUUCGAAUUCCAUUGAUAAAUGCACUCAUAAGAGAAGUUGAUAUUAGAGGUGUAUUUCGAUAUGCAAACGAUUAUGCCGACGCAUUGGAUCUCUUGGCUUCCCGAAAAAUAGAUGUGAAACCAUUGAUAACGCACAAUUAUAAAUUAGAAGAUACUGUUCAAGCUUUCGAGACUUCGAAGUCGGGCCAGAAUGUUGUCAAAGUUAUGAUACAUUGCAAUUAAAAAAGUAAAAAUGACGAACGAAAGGAAUUAUGACAUGAUCCAGUGAUAUAUGUAUACGAGAAUUGAAAAAUUAAUUUAACUGAAAAAUAUAUCCAUUAUUAAUACGAAAGAUUUGAAGAGGAUUUGACAAUACAUUUAUGUUUUUAAAUGACAUUUUUAUUGGAUAUAUUUACAAAACAUUAAAUGUUUUGUGGACUUCUAAGGUUAACGAUGAAUAAUUCACGCUUAAUAUGCGUGUUUAAUUAUGCGUUUUGUGUACAUAUAUAUAUUUUGACAUAUAUUGUGUUGCAUACACGCGGCAGGCACGCGUAGGCAUAAAUUGUCGAUUUAUUUUAACAUUUGACAUUGAUGUAAAUAUGCAUACGUAGAUUUUGUUUUUUUAUCAUUCAAUUAUACAAACUGUGUGUAUUGUAAGAAGAAUGUUGCGUAGUAUAGUUCGCGUUUUUAAAAUAUUAACUAUACAAUCACCACUAAAUAACCUUUAAAUUCUUAUAUUCAAUACGAUUUUACCAUGUGAUGCACAUUUAUCAUUUUAUUGUAAAACUUAUGAAUAAUAUUAUGAUAAAAAAAUACAUAUGUCGCUGUGUUGUGAUCAAUAUGUUGUGAUACGAUUCACAUCGAAAUUUAAUGGAAAUUAUAUACAUAUGUAGUAUACGUAAACGAUAACUCGCUAAUAAUAAUAUAUAAUAUAAAAUACAUACACUCGUAUUGUAUAUUGUAAAUACAUAUAUUUUUCAUCUUUCAAGAAGUAAAUGGUUGUGAAUGAAUCGAAUAUCUACUGCAUGAUAUUUUUUUUAUUGUUCAUUAUCAAUCAUUAUUAUCUAUGUAUAAAGAUGAAUAAAUUAUAUAUUAUUCCCUUA